AUGCAAACUCGUCGGUCGGAACUGAUUUCCAGAUAUGACUUCAUUUGGAAAUUACAGGCACUCGAUGAACAGUUGGAGAUGAAGCGUCGGCAUGGUCAAAACAGGUGUGUGCUGGAGAACAUCCUUCCGAGCCAUGUGGCCAGACAUUUCCUGGAGGAUAAGGUCAACAGCAAGUCAAAAGAUCUGUAUCACGAGGCCAGAGACUAUGCCUGCAUCAUCUUUAUCACUAUCACAGACUUCAGUCGCUUUUAUAUGGAGUUGGAUGCGAAUAAUGAAGGUGUCGAAUGCUUACGACUGCUGAAUGAGAUCAUAUCCGAUUUCGACGAGCUGCUCGAUAGAGACGAAUUUAAGUGUAUAGAGAAAAUAAAGACGAUCUCAACGACAUACAUGGCCGCAAGUGGUCUUGCUGGAAAGGUAGGUCCCUCCUCAUUUACUGUUUCUAGAACAAAUGGUUUUUGA